UAAUAUUACGAAAUGUCAGUUAUCAAAUGUCACGUCACACGUGUUAACUUAUUUUUAUGCAAGUGUACAGUACACACUUGUGUUUAUUCGCUUUAAUUUAAAACUAUUCAUUUAACUUGUUAACCCUUCGUAGAAAAUCCAAAUUUGUGUUUUAAAAACCUGCUAAGUCAAUAUAUACAGCUGUAUAACCAUUAACAGUGCAUUUAUCGUUUCCGCGAGUUCUGCAAUAUGACUGAGAAUGUUGUGGAUAUAGGUUUUUUAGACGAGAAAGAAUCUUGGCUUUUACACCCAAGGUUUUUUCCAAGUAAAGUCGGAGGCAAACCAGCAUGGCUAGACUUAAGAAAUAUUCCUGCCCCCUCUGAACUUACUUGCAAUCAAUGCAAUGAAGUUAUGAUAUUUUUAUGUCAAGUUUAUGCACCAUAUGAGGAAAAAGAAGACAGUUUUCAUAGAACUAUUUUUAUUUUUGUGUGUAAAAAUGGAGAAUGUUGCCGCCCAAAUUCUGCAAAUAACUUCAAGGUGUUCCGUAGUCAGCUACCACGGAAGAACGAUUUCUAUUCGUUUGAACCUUAUAAGGAAGACCAAAAUGAGACAUUUCCUAUGGAUAAAUGGCCAAAAUUAUGUAAUGUUUGUGGUGUCAAGGCACCUUCUCAUUGCGCAAAAUGUAAGAAAGAAUUUUACUGUAGUAGAAAGCAUCAAAUAAUACACUGGCAAAAAGGACACAAGGAAUUGUGUUGUAACUCAAAUGAGACAGAUAAUAGUAACUUCAUAGUUACAGAAGCUGCAAAAUCAUUACUUUUUAAAGAAUGGGAACUGAUUGUGGAUGAAGAAGAUCAAGAAAAAGUUAAACAUGUAGAUGAAAAUCAGGAGAUGGAAAAAUUAAAACAUUUAAUAAAAGAGAAAAAAGCUGGCACUAUGAGUGACAUUAAUGAGAGUGAAUUGGAAGAAUACACUGGGAAAAUCCCAGAUGACAAAGUUUUCAACAAAUUUAGUAAAAGAAUAGCACGACACCCAGAUCAAGUAUUACGCUAUGAUAGAGGUGGUGUUCCCUUAUGGAUAACAGCUCAAGCAGAUAAUAUUGACAUCCCUAAAUGCUCAUACUGUAAUGAACCAAGACAAUUUGAGUUUCAGAUUAUGCCACAGCUUCUGAAUUUUAUCAACAUUGGCAUUGAGAUCAAUAGCAUUGAUUGGGGCAUAUUAGCUAUAUAUACAUGCAAUAAAAGCUGCAAUAAAGGACCUGCAUAUAAAGAAGAAAUGCUAAUUAAACAAGAUUUAAGUAAUUAGCUAUUUAUUAUAACUACUUCUAAGUUUAU